AUGAGAUCUGCAGACAUCAGUAAGGUACAUUUCGUCAGCGUGUCUCUCGGUCCGCACAGCCGGGACAUCUUGGUCCACGUCGACGGCGUUACGGCCACCGAGUUCCUGGUUGGAUCCAGCCCGCGCAACGGCGUGAUCGUGCGGCGGGUCGCAGACGGCCGAAAACAGGUGCAAAUUCUGGAAGAUUGGACGCACCAGGUGGUGGAUUGUAGGGUCACGAGCGACGCAAGGGAGAUCCGCGAUUUCGAGACGGCUACGGAGGCGCGUCUCGCCGAUCACUUAAGCCGAGUUCCAACCGUCCUGGCACCGUCACCUCCUUGCGACUUCUCCCUUAGUUCGCCCUCCCCGGCCGGCAAAUCCCAAUAUCUUACCGUCAGUUUGCUGCCUACGAUCACGGGCGAAAACAGCCGGGCGAGUGAGGAUUUUCUGCAUCUGAUGUCACUCACCGAUACCAAGAAAGCGCAAAAAGAGUGCCAAUUAUACCAUGCUCAGUUGAAGAAGGAGCCAAACCGAUUCCAUCUUGCUUCCCUGGAAGACGAAGCGGGCAGGGCAAGACGUGCACAGCCGAGAAGCGGCGAUACCGAACGGGAGAAAAGGUCGGCCUUCAUGAUACCAGGGACGCUGUGGUGCGGUCCAGGCAGCGACGCCGAGUCCUAUGACCACCUCGGGCAGGACAUCGAGGCAGACGCCUGCUGCAGGGAGCAUGACCACUGCCCCAGCUCCAUCAAGCGAUGGAGCACCAAAUACGGCAUCUUCAACUUUCGUCUCUACGCCAUCAGCCACUGUGAUUGCGACAGAAGAUUCAACCAGUGUCUGCGCGAAGCUGGAACACAGAAAGCAGAGGUCGUCGGCCACUGGUACUUCAACAUCCUUCAGCUGUCCUGCUUCGAGUUGCACUACAAGCCGACGUGCGUCGAGUACCAGGGGUGGUUCAGCCGUUGGUGUCGCCGCACCGAAUUGGUCCCUUACGCCGAGAUCAGCUCAGUUGGACCAAUCACAGUAAAGGAUGGUUUAGGAGGAGCCACAUCGGAGUACGCUUCCGUUGCUCCUACCACGGAUGGUGAUGACACUGAAUUGAGCGGUCAAAGCCCCGAGUCAGAGUCCGCGGAAUCGAGUGCAAGCGACCAUUGAACUUUGACGACAUAAUUCCAAGUCCAAGGGGCAGCUUCUCCCCACUGAUUUAUGAGAGACCAAACUGGACAAUUCAAUUGAAACUUGAAAUUACCUCAGGUUUGGUGAUGCAAUGUCAUGGCAAAACCAAUGCAAGGUCUGGAAUUUGCUUGUCCAGAAAGAAUGGAUCGCAAUGGACAAAACAGAACCCUUUUUUUUAACUUCAACUUACCUCGGGUUUACCUGCAAAUACUUUGCUCUGUGAACUCUUCCAAUUCUAGCGUCUGGGGAAAUUUGUUUUUCCCAUUACAGUCUUCGGGACUGAUUCAAGGUUACCCUGGAUUUAAUUUUGAGAAACCGACAAUCAAAUUUGUGUUCGACAUUACGUGGGCUAGUGCUGCGAUUGGGACAACAUUUAUGCCUGAAAUGCAUGCGAGAAACUGAGAGUUUUCAACUUUUACGUUCAGAGAACCUGUAUUUAAAAUAUUUUAAAAACCGACAUGUAGCCUAACGAAAAAUUCCAUACUAAUGGACCUAUGUACUGAGGACAUCAAGCUUUCUUUACGUGUAAACUUUCCUACAGAGUUCUAAUCUGUCGUCCCAGCUGGCUCCCAUAGGCCUAUAUAGGAAAGCGCUCAAGUAAACAAAGCGUGACGUCAUCAGUACACAUGCCUGUUAAUUAACAUAAUACUUUGUAUCUUAAGUGUGGUAACUGUCAAAUAGUGUCCUAUCAAUGCAGUAAGUUUUAGGUAGUGUAGUAAGUAGCGCAAAAGUAACGUGUGUUAGUAAUAAUAGUGAUGAAUAUUUUUUAUGCUCAAUUCAGGUUUCAUGUUACACGAUCUGCAAUUCACCAAUCAGCAGUGGUGUAAAUAAGGGGAAGGCAUGGGGUCACAGCCCCCCCCCCGCUCAAGGCCUGUGUUCCCUUUGUCCCUUCCCCCACUCAGAAAUUAGAGAUGGGGAAACGUCUGGAAUAGUACGCGUUUGUCAGUGUUUUAACUGUGCCCAACCAACUGAGUUCCCCCUCUGGAAAAUGAGGACCCUAAAUGCCCCCUUCCCUGAAAAAGGUACAUCCCAAAUACACCCCUGCCAAUCAGAUGACGGGGAUUUAUUUCAGCUUUUUAUAAUACACAAUAGACACAUUCUUGCGUCUCAAAAGUCAUACUAGCGUCAUGAUAAUUUGUAUUGUAUGGUUGAGGUUAAAAGGAAACAUUGUUAUCGUGAAAUGUACCAUAAAGUACCCACUUUAAGUCGAGAGCUUACUGAGAUUUGUUGCCAAUGCAAAUUAAGUCCCAAGGCCCUGCUUCAAAAACUACUGUGAGUUUAUGUUAAUGUGAGACUUUUUAUAUCUAAACAAAAACCGGUUUUUAUUUGAGUCAAGAACUCUUUGUGCAGUUGUUUUAUUGACUAAUAACAGUUUUGUUCAGUAUUGAUGAA